UUAGUGAGACUUGUUCGUUUUUCUCGUUGGCGCAGUUGCAGGUAGAAGAGCGCUUCAAAUUUGCUUUUCUAUGUGUGUUCACGGGCGAAUCCCUUAAUUUUAACGCUCUUUCAAGUUAGAUUAUAAUUUUGUAGCCAAAUUUAUUAUACAACUUUUCGAUAACUGAGGGAGGACCUGAGAUAGUCAGCAUGAAAGUGAAAAUUCUUGUUCUCUUUUUCAUCACGAAUGCUGGCACCGGAAUGUCAGCUCCAACUGUUUGCAGGACACCUGCCUGCGCAAGGAAAGGAGCUGCCAUCAAAGAUAACAUGGACACCAGCGCCGACCCGUGCGACAACUUCUUCCAAUUCGCCUGCGGCGGGUGGACGUCGAGGCAGGAAGUGCCCGAGUACAGCGCAGUGUACGGCCAGUUUCAAGCGCUGGACCAAGCGGUGAAGUACAACAUUUCAAGUGCUCUGUCAGUACCCUACGAGAAUGCCAGCCGGAUCGAAAAUUUCUUAUAUAAAGCUCACUCCUCCUGCAUGCUAGGUGGUAACGAGGUGGACAGGGACGACGAGGAGGCUUGGAACGAUAUCAUGCACACCAUCGGCGUCGAGGAAUGGCCCGACGGUCCGGGAGACGUAAUCAUCCCGCAGUGGAGUCGGCUCCUCGGCGACCUGAUGGUCACCUUCAACCACAAGCCCGUUGUAUACGUCGACGUGAGGCGGAACCUCGACACGAACAAGAACAUAAUACACGUGCGGUCGGGCUCGCUGCCUGUGAAACGAGAAUACCUGCACACGACUCACUACAAGGAAUACAUACGCGAGGUCGUAAAACGGAUCAACACGACCUCCUUGAACGCCACGCAGCUCGUUUCCACUAUUGAUCAGAUGGUGAACUUUGAAAUGACGUUGGCUGAGAUAUUUUCCAAAGGGAGCAACGAAUCUGAUUCAAGCAUUACCAGCGUUGGUGAGCUCGAGGGUGACGCCGAUUUGAGACGAUCUAUGGUUAACAUCUACCAGAUAUUCAAUAACACAUUCAGCGCGGCCAACGUUGUCGUGGACCACAACGAUGCGGUGUUCUUGUCCGAACCAGGCAAGGUACGACUACUUCUCAAGGCCUGCGGAGAAUGGGAAAAGCACAUCGUCUCUAAUGUCCUCGUCUGGCACGCAUUGCAAACGGUGGGAGUCGAAGUGAUACCCAGCGUCCGCGAGCUGAACACCGCCUUCAAGAACAAAGUUCGGAACGUGACGCAGACCAGCCUGCCACAGACCCUGCAGUGCAACGCCGCCCUGGCCAAAGUGGCGCCGGCGGCGUACAGCCGCUUCUACGUCGACAAGUUCUUUGACAAGACGGGCGUGCCCAUCGUACAGGAAAUGGUAAAGUUUCAGCAGAGCAUAUUUCGCAAAGAACUGCAAAGCAGCGACUGGAUGGACGGCGAAACGAAAGCGGCAGCUUUGUCGAAACUUGCCAAGAUGUCCGCUGUGGUUGGCUAUCCCCAGUGGAUAACGAACGAAUUGAAGCUUGCUCUGGAGGCACCAAACCGCGAUGACAUCGGUGGAGAGCGGUUCGCGUACUACUACGUUGCAUUUGCGCGGCGAAUCAAGGUCAACAGGCUGCUCUCCUUGCGUCUUGAGCAGGACCCGGCAGAGGGCGAGGCAUUCAACGCUGCCAUGGUGAACGCCUAUUGCAAGUGGACGGAAAACAAAAUCUAUAUCCCGGCAGGCAUUAUGCAACAGCCCUUCUUUGAUGCCGGACUGCCCAAGUACAUAAAUUAUGCCAUCCUCGGGUACAUAGUCUUUCACGAAAUUACACAUGGAUUCGACAGCCAUGGAAGGCUGUACGACGAGAAGGGCAGAAGACAGGAUUGGUGGACCGCGAAGACAGCGCAAGUAUUCCACGACAAAGCCCAGUGCUUCGUGAACCAGUACGGGAACAUCACAGACGCCGAAACUCAGAUGAAGCUGCCAUCUUCCCGCACGCUGGGCGAAGACAUCUCCGACAACGCGUCCGGUCGUCAAAGUUAUUUGGCGUUCCAAGCGCUGAUGCAGCAGGAAAAGGAUUCAAUGCAAUUGCUUCCCGGUCUUGAGUCCUACACAUUCGAGCAACUCCACUUCAUCGGUGCUGCCCAGCCGUGGUGCAAGAAGUAUGACCUGGCUAAGAAGAAAUUCGUAAUUGAAGAGGACGUUCACUCCAUCUCUGAGCAGAGGGUCAACGUGGCCUUGGGAAACACGCCGCAGUUUGCAGCCGCCUUCAAGUGCCCGCCAGAGAGCAAGAUGAACUUCGCGAAGACGUGCAGGUUAUGGUGAAAGGAACGCCCCUCCACUGUACGUGUCUGCCUGACCGUCACGUGCGAAGACCAUAUCUGCGGCCGCGUCGUCUAUCCGCGGUCUGCAAAGUGGUGGCCGCCAAAAAAGUCAACGCGUACAAUAAAUAUCACUCUCAUAAAUGCUCUUUCCAGUUCGCCUGUGACAAGGAGUAUAACACAGUGUGCAUGUCAUGACCUAUCAUUUAUGUUCGUCAUGCACUCUUGUCAUGCUAUGCCAAUUUUGGUACAUGCCAAAUUAACGAAACGACCAUGAGAGCACCAAGGCGUAGGCGGCUAGAUAGAUACUGUCAAAGGUCGCAAAUGUUCGCCAAGAAAGGCUUCGCAUUUAAAAAUGCUCGUGUUUUACACGCCAUAACCAGUCUGAUUACGAAGCUUACCUCGUAUAGUUGUCUACUAACUUUCUAUCCCCCUCCCCACGUGUAGGGUAGCAAACUGGACUUAACCUACCUGCCUUUCCUUCUUUCCUUCUCUCUCUUUCUCUCUCUCUCUCUCUCUCCUAUCGCAAUCAAUGCUUCGACUUCCGGGCAAAACUGCGACUUUUUAUUGCGAUAGCGAUACGCGUCCACUCCAGGUGCAUAUCUGCCGUCAUGCACCGUCGCUGUGAUGUUCCGUAUAAAGUUCAAGGGAGAUAACAUCGUCGCCGCGCGCCGUAUGCUGUAUGUGCGAGUGAAAGCGCGCAAAGGUGAGCCGACGACGGCGGCUCAAUCUCGCACGCGGAAACAAAGAAACCGGGUAGGAAACGCGCCGACUUCCAUAGCGUGCAACGCACCGGAGGGAGGGAGGGGCGCGUUCCACUUCGGCGGCUGCUGCGUAUGGCGCUAUCUUGAAAGCGAUCUGCGAUGAGGAGAGAGUGCGCCGAGUGCUGAUAGCUGCCUGUGCACCAUGCUUUCUCCGCUUAAUUCGCGUUAAACCAAGAAGACGCACGAAGGUCACUUCGCUCACUGCUGCUCCCGCGGUUCCUCGUCUUUUCCGCGCCCACCACGUGAAACAUAUCGCAAAACUAUCUGCCUAUACGAUAAAGGAAACUUCGAAGCCAUUAAUGAUGAACUGACUGCCUUUCUACCAAACUUUCAAUCUAGAUUUUACGAGCCAACCACUCACACUAAUUGAACGCUGUUUAAAAGUAAAAUUAUUGAAUUAGCAGACAAACAUAUACCGAAAAUUACCUUCCGUCCAAACCAAGAAAACCAAGAAAAAAAAAACACUUUUUAGAUCUGCCAAGCAAAGUAUACGAAUGCUUACACAUGGGAAAAGUAUUAUUCUGCCGAAAAAAUGUAAUUAUCUGCUGUUCGCAGCACCAAGCAUGCUUUUUUUAACAUCACUUACCGAAAAUACUCGGAGAAAACCCAAGCGAUUCUGGGAAGUAAUAAACCCCCCUCAAGCUUGCUCCAUAACUCUUGCUGACGGUUCUGGAGAUAUAAUGACUGAUACCAUUUGUGCCAUUUCGUUCAACAAUGCCUUCGCCUCAGUUUUUACUAAAUAUACUAGUUCUCCUCUACCAGUAAUGUCUAGUAACAUAGUAUCUGUAAUGCCGGCCAUUACGUUCUCCUUAGAUGGUAUCUCCAAUGUAAUUGAUAACCUGAAACUCUAUUCAUCCACCGGUAUCGAUGGUAUUAACUCGAAACUGUUAAAAAAUACUAAGUAUAUCUCAACUGCUGUUUUGUGUCUCUUAUGUUCUCAGUCACUUUCAGCAGCCUGCAUUCCUUAUCACUGGAAAGUAUGAAAGGUCAUUCCUUUCUACAAGGGAGGCAACAGAGAUAACCCACUAAAUUAUCGCCCCAUCUCCUUAACGAGUCUUCCAUGUAAGAUAAUGGAGCACGUCAUUUACUCACUCAUCACUGACCAUUUAGACGCCAACCAUUUUUUUCAUCCUGCACAGCAUGAAUUUCGUAAGGGCUUUUCUUGCGAAACCCAACUAGCUCUUUUUCUUCACGACCUUCAUGCGAAUCUUGACUGUAAUAAACAAACUGAUGCUAUUUUCCUCGACUAUGAAAAAGCUGUUGACAAAGUCCCUCACCGUCACUUAUUACAUAAACGUUCUUUCUUGAAUUUAGACAUGGAUGUAUUAAAAUGGCUAGAAACGUUCCUCACUAACCGCGAGCAAUUCGUUACUAUCAACGACCAGUCCUCCGUCAACCUCCCGGUAUCAUAAGGUGUCCCUCAGGGGUCUGUUCUUGGACCACUUCUAUCUUAAAUAUACAUCAAUGACUUACCCCUUCAUGUAACUUGCAAAAUUCGGAUGUUCGCUGAUGACUGCGUGCUUUAUCAUACCAUUAACAAUGACACUGAUGGAGAGAAUUUGCAACAAAAUCUCAACCAUGUACAAUCUUGGUGUGCCCGUUGGCUAAUGACUCUUAUUCCCAAAAAAUGUAAACAUGUGUCAUUUACUCGUAGUCGUACACCCUUCUUGCCUUCUUACACAAUAGCGAACAAUCAGAUUGAAACAGUAAAAUCAUUCAAGUACUUAGGCGUCUUAAUUUCCUGUGAUCUCAACUAGGGCACGCAUAUCAAGAGCAUAGUAUCAUCGGAGAACAAAACACUCGGCUUUAUGAGGCGCCACUUGCGUCAUGCGCUUCAGGAUGUCAGACUUGUGGCGUGCAAAUCACUUAUCAGGCCUAAAGUCGAAUAUGCAUAAUCAAUCUGGAGCCCAUAUCAAAAAUAUCUCGUUAACGCACUUGAGUGCUUCCAAAGUCGUGCAGUAAGAUACAUUCGUUUAUCCUACUCAUAUGACGUAAGCAUAUCAUCCUUAAAAAAGAAAUCUGAGUUGCAGUUGCUCUCGCACCGCCGUAAGAUAGCCAGCGUUGGUCUUUUUCAUAAGUUUUUCUGCAGUUCACUUAAUCAUGUGCCAUACGUCAUUCCACCAGCAAGAAUAUACAACGCUCACAUACAACUACCUUCUCUGCUUUUUUUUUUUUCUCGAACUGCAACUGAUUGGAAUGCCCUUCCCCACCAUGUUGUAUAUAGAGAUAAUCACUAUGUGUUCAUUGCUGAGGUUCCUUCAAUUUUUUCAAAUUAAUUACCUAUUCUUGUACAAAUUCAUAUUCUAACGUGUGCUUUCGAUUGUAUACAAUGUAUCUACCUUUUUUCAAAUGUUCCACUAGUUACUGAACUGAAUUGUCCAUUGCCGCUGUUUCUUCUCUUAGGCCAGAAUAAAUGUAUUUUUUUCUUCUAAUCGACAAUUCGUCACGAGUAUGUGUUUGUUUAUACAGGGUAUCUACCACUUUUCAAAUGCUUCGUUUCUUAUCACGUUGAAUUGUUCUUGCAAGGUGUACCUCACCCAUUAUGUAACACCCCUGAUAAAGGGGCCUUUAAGGAAAUAAACUGACCUGACCUGACCUGA